AUCUUAAACCCUCUCCUAUAAAUACCCAAACAAGAGCUAACACAAUUCAGUCUUCAAUCCAAUUUACCCCAUCCACCCAUAUAUUCACUCUAUAUAUAUGGCUUUCAACAAUGAUCUCUCCGUUAUCCUCCCUCGUGUUCUUAUCGUCUCUAGACGUAGCGUUCGCAAGAAUAAGUUUGUAGAUUUUGUUGGUGAAUACCAUCUUGAUCUUAUAGUAACCUAUGGUGCAGUUCCGGUGAUUGUGCCCCGAGUCAAUGGGGUUCAUAUGUUAUUGGAUAGUUUCGAGCCAAUCCACGGUGUUCUUCUUUGCGAAGGCGAAGACAUCGAUCCAUCUUUGUACGAACCCGAAACGUCAGGGCUUUCACCUGAAGAAAUUGAAGAAAUCAGGAGACUGCAUGCAAGUGAUACAGCCGUGGAUAAAGAGAAAGAUUCAAUAGAGUUAAGGCUAGCGAAGCUUUGCCUUGAAAGGAACAUUCCUUAUAUGGGGAUUUGCAGGGGUUCCCAGGUUCUGAAUGUUGCUUGCGGCGGUACCCUUUAUCAAGAUAUUGGCAAAGAAUUGACAAGGAAAUUGCCAGAAGAUCAAAGGGUAGUGCACAUGGAUUAUGAUAAUUAUGAUGGGCAUAGGCAUUUUGUGAAGGUGGUGGAGAAUACCCCUUUGCAUUGCUGGUUUAAGGAUUCUUUGGAAGUAGGGAAGAUGGAUAUUUUGGUCAACAGUUAUCAUCAUCAGGGUGUCAAGAGAUUGGCACAACGAUUUGUGCCCAUGGCUUUCGCACCAGAUGGCUUGAUUGAAGGGUUCUAUGACCCAGAUGCCUAUAAUCCUGAAGAGGGUAAAUUCAUAAUGGGACUUCAAUUCCAUCCAGAGAGAAUGAGGCGGUCUGAUUCUGAAGAAUUUGAUUAUCCAGGAUGCCCAUCUGCUUAUCAGGAAUUUGUGAAGGCAGUACUUGCUUAUCAGAAGAAACUUAAUAUCUCGACAGCUUUGCCAAAGCCAUUGAUGCUCAACAAAGAAAUGGAAAACAGAAGGAAAAUCAUAGUCCGAAGCUUCUCACUCGCAAAGAAUCUAUACACUGCAGGAAUUGAGAUGAAUCCUACUAAACAAUCUGAACUUGAAGCUGGAGCAGAAUUUCUGGAGUCAAACACAGCCCUGAGCGUGCAACAAGAGAACAGGCUGAAGCAGAUGGGGGCAACAGUGAGAAACGGGAGCCGUUACAUUGAAAAGCUCAAGUUAAACGAAGAAAGGGACAGAUUAGCAAGAAAUGUAAUGGGGAAAAUGUCGGUUGAACAAUUGUCUGAUCUUAUGUCAUUCUACCAUAUGAUGGGGCAGAUCUGCUCUGAAGUUUUGGAAAGAAAACUAAAUGGCAUCGUAAAUGACAAUGCUUGCUACUCGCCAUGAAUCUUCAGGUGGGUGGGUGGGUGUGUGUGUGUGUGUGUGUGGGUGUGGGAGAGGGGGGGUAUCAUGUGCUUUUGUUGUCAAUAGAAAUUGACGUUUUAUCAAUCCUUGGUAAAAGACUCACAGGAAACCUGGUCUGUUAUGUCCGAGGGGGUCCCUUUGUUUUGUCUUACUCGCUUCAUUUCAUGUGAAUUUGUCCACCGAGUGGACUUUAUUUUGUCUACAUUAAUUUUUGUUUCUCUUUUGUUAGAGAAAAAGGGCUCCAAUGCCUAAAUUUCUGGCCAUUAAUGUACUUUAGAUACAUGUAUCCAUUUCAGAAACAGCAUCUCAGGCGACGUUGCCCGUGAGCAGUUCUAAGCUCUAUGUAAUUAUUUUUAACAAAAAGUAAAAGAUUUAUCCAGUAUUUUUUUA